CUGUUGUUUCUCCUUUUCUGACCCUAGCGGGCCACCGUUGCCAGUUCUUUCCUUUGGCUUCACCGCCGUUCUGAAGAAGGCUGGAGCUGCCAGGUUUCAAAAUGGCGGCCCUCAGGCUGACACUCAGAUCAGGACUCCUCCCCUGGUUCCUCAAAGUGGAUCUAGUGCCACGAGCACUCUCUAGUUCUGCCUCGAUGUCCCAAAGGACGGCACCUCCUUCGUGGAAGCUGGGACACCUCAACCAUGUGGCCAUUGCGGUGCCCGACUUGGAGAAGGCUGCCCGUUUCUACCGGGAUGUCCUAGGGGCUCGUGUCAGCGGCACCGUCCCUCUCCCCGAACACGGCGUCAGCACCAUCUUCGUGGAACUGGGCAACACCAAGAUUGAGCUGCUGCAUCCCUUGGGCGAGAAGAGCCCCAUUGCCGGGUUCCUGCAAAAGAACAAGACCGGAGGGAUGCACCACAUCUGCAUCGAGGUGGAUAACAUUACCGAGGCCAUGGCAGAACUGAAGGAGAAGAAGAUCCGGCUGUUGAGCGAAGAGCCCCGAAUUGGAGCCCAUGGGAAGCCGGUGGUUUUCCUCCAUCCGAAGGACUGUGAUGGGGUCUUGGUGGAGCUUGAGGAGGCCUAAGCUGUGGUCCUAACGGCGGAAGCAAAUAAUGCCCAUCAUGAUGUGAUUUAUGGCACUAAUUUGGGACCAUGUAUACACCUGAAUCCGAUUGGUACUCCCAUUGACUGUGGGGCUUAUCUAUGUGUUGAUUCCCCACUCAACAGUGGGUUCAGUGGCCUUGCUCUGCUACAGGAUUCCAAUCCAUUCUUUAUAUUUUUGACACUAAUUCAGGGCACAAAUUGCCCGUUGGGGACUCACCCACAGGAAUCCAGUCCAUUCUGUGUGUUGUUGUUUGAAUCAUGACUUUGCUUUCCUCAUUCAGGAUGGAACAAUAUCCCUGACGAUACCAUCUGCAAUUAAAAAAGGAAGAUUUAAAUAA